CCCUGGUUUUCAUCCUUAAUCUGUUCCAGAAGGUCGGUCGAAAUCCAAAAUGGACGAAAACCGAAGUAAUAGUCCUCAUAAGAAAUAAUGUAAAUCCAGUUAAUCUAUUCCAGACAAUCAGAAAAAAGAAUGAAAAGAUGGGGUGGUAGGGGAAGUGGAAUAUUCAAACGGCUUCAGGAAGAAAUCCAAAUGUUCUUCCUUGAAGCCUUUUUAUCCACUUCUCCGAGGCUAUGGGUCCCACAAUUUACACCAGAGGUGGACCCCAAAAAUAUUAACAAAAAAUACAUUUUGCAGAGAAUAACUAUAGAUUUACAUACAGGAAGCAAUGAGAAAUAAAUAUAAAUGACUAAUUUUAAUGGAUAAAUGAACAUUUAAAUCACUAUUACAUACCUUUAUUUAAGACUCUUGUUGGCGUAUGGAAGAAGGCGAGGAGAGGAGAGGAACGAGAGGGUAUCGUAUGGAAGGGAAAUUCCCCUCCAUAAGGGGGAGGAAUCCUUCAGCCUCUAUGUACUCCUUGAAUUCAUCAAUGAAUUCUUUGGCUGCAUGUUUGUCUGAACCUGCAGCCUCGCCAUGCCUUACCACACUGUAUAUGCCACUUCCCUUCUUGAAUCUGUCGAACCAGCUUUUGCUGGCCUUAAAUUCACUAACAGCAGCACUUGUUCCAGGUAUUUUCUUCACGAGAUCCGCAUGCAACUGCCCUGCCUUUUCGCAAAUUAUCCCCUCUACAACACUAUCUCCUGCUAACUGUUUUUCUUUGAUCCACACCAACAACUUCUCCACAUCUUCGAUUGUUUGUGAUCUCUGUUUCAUAAGCAUAUUUACUCCUUUCUAUUUUCUUUGCCAGGAUGGAAUUGAUUGUUGAUUUGGACUUGCCAUACAUCCUGACAAGCUCAGCUACAUGUGCUCCACUUUCACAUUUUGCUACAAGCUCUUUCUUGAAUUCUAACGUGUUUCUCACCUUCUUUACUCAAGGGCUUGCACUAGGAACUUUCUUUGGCCCCAUGGUGGCUUAUUUCACAGUCACACUCAAUAAACAAGCACAAAAAACAAUGGAUUAUUAUGAAAUGUUUCGGAUGAACACGUGGAGUAUUGCUCACUGAACAAGUGACAGAGGCAGACAGAGUCACGUACGUGUAAGCGGCCACGUCCCAGGUGGGCGGACGUCUCUGAUACGGAUGAUUUCUGAGCGGAGGUACGAAACCCAGGGUAAAAUUUCGCCCAAAAAAGUGGUUGAAAUCAGAAUUGUACGAUAUCCGCACGGGACAAAAUCCGGGGUUCAACUGUAUAUAAAUAAAAUAAUGUAUGUACGUACUCUAUACAGGUACAGGUACCAACCAACUUACGACUGAGUUCGGUUCUGACCAACCGGUCGUAAGUCGAAAUGGACGUAAUUCAAACCUUACUACUGAAUAUCAACAUUACAUUUUUGUAAUGACUAUUUUAUUGUUUUAUUUUGGUAUUUCAUUUUUUACUUUACAUUUGAUGCUGUUAGUACUGUAUUUUAUACUGUAAGGUUUAGGAUAAACACUGUGUACAACACAAACAGUUGUUUAUUUCCCAGAAAUUUGGCAUGCAAAACACGGUUGUAAGUCGAAUGGUCUUAUGUCGAGCAGGUCGUAAGUCGGAUGGUAGGUGUAUUUUUGUUGCACUCUUAAUUAUCAAGUACAUGUAUUACAUACUUCCCUUCAAGGAAGUUCCUUGUGUCCUACCCUUCCUUGGACUGAACCUAAAUUGCCUUCCAGUCCCCAAAAUGCUGUAUAACCCUUAUGCAUUUAAAUUUUUUUCUAAAUACGUAAAUCAUUUAAUGAGCCAAAUUCAUAUACCUUUACCCUUGAUAUACCUUUGAUGAGUUUCAAGUCCUACUACUCUCAGAGCCCAGCCAUGGGCCAGGCUCGUCUGGUGCUUGCCUGGUCAACCAGGCUGUUGCUGUUGAAGGUCCGCUGCUCCACAUAUCCAUCACAGCCUGGUUGAUCUAGCACCUGGUGAAGAUACUUGUCCAGUUUUCUCUUGAAGACUUCUACACUUGUUCCAGCCACGUUUUUGAUAUCUCCUGGUAAGAUGUUGAAUAGUCUGGGGCCACGAAUGUUGAUACAGCAUUCCCUUAUUGUGCCCACUGCACCCCUUCUCACUAGGUUAAUUUUGUAUUUCCUCCCAUAUCUCUUACUCCAGUAUGUUAUGGUGGUGUGAAGAUUUGGGACCAGGCCCUCGAGUACUUUCUGGAUAUAUGUUAUCAUGUAUCUCUCUCUCCUCUGCUCCAGUGAGUACAUAUUCAAUUAUUAUAAUCAAAAAGAAGCGCUAAGCCACAAGGACUAUACAGCAGUACAUAUUCAAGACUUGAAGGCAUUCCCAGUAAUUUAAAUGCUUUACUGGGUCUACGUGGUCCAUAAACGAUAUCUGUAUUUGUUCAAGCUCCGACAUUUCUCCUGCCUUGAACAGGGCCAUCAGUACUGAGCAAAAUUCCAAAUGGGGGAGCACUAGUAAUAAUGUAAAAUAUUCCAGCGUUAGGUGCAGCAAGGUUGAAUCCACAAAUGUUAGACAUCUAGGUCUUCAUUGAGAUACAGCAGAUGUGGUGCUCAAAACCACUUGUGUAUGACCGGCUAUAAAUGCUUUAAUGUGUCAAGUAUUCUCCUCAAAACUGAUAUGAGCCCGUUAUCAUAAACAUCAGAUAUAUGAACUUUUGGAUCGAGCAGGUUUGCACCACUUGAAAAACAAAUUUUGUACACAUCAAACAUAUCUUAGUCUUUUGCUUAACCUGUCUAUCAUCAUUUUAUUAUGGGUUUAGCACCUAGUUAUGAUUACAAUAAUAUUAUAUCAAACACUUUGUUGUAGCCAAGUGGUCUUCAACACCACAUUUGCUGGGCAUCUUACAGGAUGGGGUGGCAACAUUUCAAGCCUCGCUGCAGCCGAGAAUGAAAUACUGUACGUGUAUAUGUUGUGACUGACAAGCGAAUUCAGUCAAACAAGCCUCUCGUAAGUUAUGUUUAAUUGGUUUUUAUUCAUUGGUUGUAUUCAUAUUAUAAUCAAGGGGGAAGCGCUAAACCCGGAGGAUUAUACAGCGCCUGGGGGGGGAUGUGGAAGGCAUUCAGGCUUAAUUCGGGGAACUGGAGCACAGAUCUAAUUCCCUAAAUCAAGAGCCCCUCACCAACAUCAAGGAACCUUCCUUGAGGGGGGUUGUAUUCAUAAAUUUAUAGGGUAUGCAAACCGUUCCACAAAAAAAUAAAUAUCAAAACCAAGCCCUAAACCCACCAGGGAUUCACAAAAAUAAGCUUGGUAUACCUUCAAAUCUUGAUAAAAAUUAUGUAAUCUAAUACUACACAGCAUAAGAUUGAUACCAAACCUAUUUAAGGCUAACUUAUAUGUAAUAUAUAAACACAAUAUUAUGUAUACAGAUUCUCAACACUGGAGUUAGUUUCCUGAAAACUGCCGUUUUAAAUUAAAUUUCAGUGGUACCCCGAGUUUCGUACAGCUCCCAGCUCAAACAAUUAUGUAAGUGUAUUAUUGUAAGUGCUUUUGUAAGUGUAUUUUUGGGGGUCUGAAACUGACUAAUCUAAUUUACAUUAAUCCUCAUGGGAACAAAUUCAUUCAGUAACGGCACUCGAACAGUCUUCUGGAGUGAAUUAUGUACGAAACUCAGGGUACCACUAUUUUAACUGGCCUGAAAGAUGUAUGGGGAAAAAAUAGAGAAGAAAAAGCAAAAGUUUUGUUUCAUAGUUCACCCAAAAAGUUUUUCAUAAACUGUGCAGAGUUAUUCAUUCAUAACAUACACUGCAAUCAGUUAUAUAAAGAAUUAUUUCUUUUAAAUUAGCCUUUGUGGUUUAGUGCUUCUUUUUCAUUAUAAUAAUAAUUCUUCUAAAUUGUGGUUGAUGAUACAGUACAGUGGAACAUUGGUAUUCGAACGCUUUGUUGGGCGUGUGUAAUAUACAUACAUAAAAUCACUGGGUAGUUGACCACUUGCUCGGCACUCGGCCAAACAAACACGACCUGCCAGAACUUCACUAUGAACGAUCUUGUUUCUCUUGACAUUUUUUGGUGUUUCUUAUAUUUUUUGUAUAAAUAAGUCACCAUGGGGCCUAAGAAGAUUAGUGAUAACAGCCAACCAAAACGAAUAUUGGUGGGAGAAAUUUGUUCAGUACUCGAACAUAUCGGCACUUGAACAGCCUUCUGGAACAAAUUUGAGUACCAAGGUUUCACUGUACUUCUUGAUUUUGAAAUGUGUGGUAAAGGUUGGCAUGGUCCUACCGAACUGAGGGAAACUAGUUUUGUUCUCGUGUUGCAUCACUGUAGUGUAUCGCUGUUCUGUUUUAUCCUGUAGUACUUUAUACAGAAACCCAUCAGUUACACAACCCAGGGCAACAUGGGUUUAGAACAGGUCGCUCCUGUCUGUCUCAACUACUGGAUCACUACGACAAGGUCCUAAAUGCACUAGAAGACAAAAAGAAUGCAGAUGUAAUAUAUACAGACUUUGCAAAAGCCUUCGACAAGUGUGACCAUGGCGUAAUAGCGCACAAAAUGCGCGCUAAAGGAAUAACAGGAAAAGUCGGUCGAUGGAUCUAUAAUUUCCUCACUAACAGAACACAGAGAGUAGUCGUCAACAGAGUAAAGUCCGAGGCAGCUACGGUGAAAAGCUCUGUUCCACAAGGCACAGUACUAGCUCCCAUCUUGUUCCUCAUCCUCAUAUCCACAUAGACAAGGAUGUCAGCCACAGCACCGUGUCUUCCUUUGCAGAUGACACCCGAAUCUGCAUGACAGUGUCUUCCAUUACAGACACUGCAAGGCUCCAGGCGGACAUCAACCAAAUCUUUCAGUGGGCUGCAGAAAACAAUAUGAAGUUCAACGAUGAGAAAUUUCAAUUACUCAGAUAUGGUAAACAUGAGGAAAUUAAAUCUUCAUCAGAGUACAAAACAAAUUCUGGCCACAAAAUAGAGCGAAACACCAACGUCAAAGACCUGGGAGUGAUUAUGUCGGAGGAUCUCACCUUCAAGGACCAUAACAUUGUAUCAAUCGCAUCUGCUAGAAAAAUGACAGGAUGGAUAAUGAGAACCUUCAAAACUAGGGAGGCCAAGCCCAUGAUGACACUCUUCAGGUCACUUGUUCUAUCUAGGCUGGAAUAUUGCUGCACUCUAACAGCACCUUUCAAGGCAGGUGAAAUUGCCGACCUAGAAAAUGUACAGAGAACUUUCACGGCGCGCAUAACGGAGAUAAAACACCUCAAUUACUGGGAGCGCUUGAGGUUUCUAAACCUGUAUUCCCUGGAACGCAGGAGGGAGAGAUACAUGAUUAUAUACACCUGGAAAAUCCUAGAGGGACUAGUACCGAACUCGCACACGAAAAUCACUCACUACGAAAGCAAAAGACUUGGCAGACGAUGCACCAUCCCCCCAAUGAAAAGCAGGGGUGUCAUUAGCACGUUAAGAGACCAUACAAUAAGUGUCAGGGGCCCGAGACUGUUCAACUGCCUCCCAGCACACAUAAGGGGGAUUACCAACAGACCCCUGGCAGUCUUCAAGCUGGCACUGGACAAGCACCUAAAGUCAGUUCCUGAUCAGCCGGGCUGUGGCUCGUACGUUGGUUUGCGUGCAGCCAGCAGCAACAGCCUGGUUGAUCAGGCGCUGAUCCACCAGGAGGCCUGGUCACAGACCGGGCCGCGGGGGCGUUGACCCCCGAAACUCUCUCCAGGUAAACUCCAGGUAAACACAAAUUUUCACUUGUCCUAUAUGGCAA